CCCUGCGCACGCGCACUUCCUCACCCUCCCAUUCAAGCGCCGCCGCCGCCGCCCGUUUUUUCUUCUUCGCCAGGACCUCGAGAAUCGUUCGGCAGAGAAGCUAGGCGGAAGUGACGUCCGGCUGCCCGAAGCGCAACGUUUCCGGUGGGAAGAAGCUCUGAGGAAAAAGCGAGCGAGAAGGAUGAUCAGGGAAAAUAUGGCUACAGAUUGGCUUGGAAGCAUUGUCUCAAUCAACUGCGGAAACAGUCUGGGAGUCUAUCAGGGAAGAGUGUCUGCUGUGGAUCAAGCCAGCCAGACAAUCUCCUUAACACGGCCAUUCCACAAUGGUGUCAAAUGUUUGGUACCAGAGGUCACCUUCAGGGCAGGUGACAUUACUGAGCUGAAGAUCCUGGAGAUUCCAGGCCCUGGUGAUAAUGGACAGUGUGGAGACUUUCAGCAUACUGACCUUGGUAUUCCUGGUAUUGGAUGCCCAGGGGGUACCAGCCAGAAUGGCCCUGGCAAAUUGCUGAAGAAACCUGGUGCUUCUAGCAGUGCCCCACAGAAUAUCCCCAAGAGAACAGAUGUGAAAAGCCAAGACGUUGCCAUUUCCCCCCAGCAGCAGCAGUGUUCCAAGAGCUACAUGGAUCGGCAUAUGGAAUCCUUAAACCAGUCCAAAGGCUUUCGUCGGAGGCACAACUCGUGGUCCUCCAGUAGCCGCCAUCCAAACCAGGUGACUCCAAAAAAGAGUGGUGUGAAGAAUGGGCAGAUGAAGAACAAAGAUGACGAGUGUUUUGGGGAUGACAUUGAAGAAAUCCCAGAUACAGAUUUUGAUUUUGAAGGAAAUUUGGCUCUCUUUGACAAGGCAGCUGUAUUUGAGGAAAUCGACACUUAUGAGAGGAAGAGUGGGACUCGUUCAAGAGGUACUCCAAAUGAGAAAUCUGCCCGCUAUCGCCACGAUGAGAAUAUCUUGGAAUCAGAGCCCAUAGUGUACCGAAGAAUCACUGUGCCCCAGGCAAGCAAAGAGUUCUGCACUGACUCCGGGCUGGUCGUUCCAAGUGUCUCUUACGAGUUACACAAAAAGCUUCUUUCGGUGGCUGAGAAACAUGGGCUGACCCUCGAGCGGAGACUGGAAAUGACGGGGGUAUGUGCAAGCCAGAUGGCCCUGAGUCUGCUUGGAGGGCCCAACAGGUUGAAUCCCAAAAACAUUCACCAGCGACCCACGGUUGCCUUGCUGUGUGGCCCCCAUGUGAAGGGGGCCCAGGGGAUCAGUUGUGGCCGGCAUCUUUCCAAUCACGAUGUACAUGUCAUUCUCUUCCUUCCCAACUUUGUCAAGAUGCUGGAAUCGAUCACCAAUGAAUUGACACUUUUCAGCAAGACCCAAAGCCAACAGGUGUCCAGUGUCAAAGAUCUUCCAGACACACCCGUUGAUUUGGUGAUAAACUGCUUGGAUUGUCAUGAAAAUGCCUUUCUGAGGGACCAGCCUUGGUACAAGGCAGCAGUGGACUGGGCCAACCAGAACAGAGCUCCCGUCCUCAGCCUAGACCCACCUGUGAAUGAUAUGGAACAAGGAAUCGAUGCCAAGUGGUCCCUAUCCCUGGGGCUGCCACUGCCCCUGGGUGAGAGGGCUGGGCGGGUAUACCUGUGUGACAUCGGCCUUCCACAGAAAGUCUUCCAGGAGGUGGGAAUAAACUACCACUCGCCUUUUGGCUGCAAGUUCGUCAUCCCUUUGCACUCUACCUAAAGUGAGAGCUCCAGCCCCUUGACCCCGAAGAGGAAGGUGGGGCAGAAUCGCCUCAAACCAUACGAUGGAUCCUGACUAUAUUAAAAACUCUUUGAAGCCUUAAGGAUGUGAACAUUCUGGGCUGUGUUUCUUUUAGGAGAAAUCAUCAGUAUGGAGGAGAAGCGAGAGGACUUGUGUUCCUCUGAGCGUUUGAUGCUCUCAUGCGCUUGAGUGAAGGAACAUGGAGGCAGCUGGUGUCUUCAACCAGUUCAGCACAUUGGUGGUGGGAGGGCAGGGGUAGAUUUUUAUUUUGUUUUGCUUACACAUCCAAGUGCUCCUGUCUGUCCAGAUGUGUAGCAGACAGUAUGAUUUCUCCCCCUUUUCUUUUCUGGGAGUGGAGGGGGGAGGGUUUCUAGGGUGCAGCCCUUUCCCUUGAUUGAUCCUGUGGGGCAACUGCAGUUCUGUGACUGUGCUCCCCUCUUCUGCAGCUACAGCCCCACUGUACAAGCUACUGGAGCCCUUGGAUUCCUCAGCCUUGGGAGGUGGUGUAAGGCACCUACUUCUCCUGCUGGCAACUUGGAGUUUCUGGAAUCUACCGUUGUGUUUCUGGCCCACUGCUAAUUAGCAUUUGCCACCCAUGUUUGCUUAUUGAGUGACUGAUACCGAGCUGUCAUAUAUAUAUAUAUGGCUUAAAGAAGAGUUUGAGGAAGGAGACUUAAUGGUGCUGAGACUUGUGUUUCCCCACAAGUAGCGUCCUGCCAUCUUACUGUAAAGGUCGUGUUGCUGAAGUCUGUCCCUUUGUUAAUAAUCUACUUCCUUGGGCUGAGUGUGAAUGUGUGAGUGAGAGAGAACAUUGAGACUGUUUAGCUGCCAUUGGGCAUGAAACCCUCACAAAAACUCAUGUUCCUGUCUGUAGCACAGUGUUCUGUUCCGUUGAUAUGUCUAGAACAAGCACAUUGCUACGCUUUUUAAGUGAAGCAACAAACUGGAUGUGGUGUUCUCUAUUGGUGCAGAACACUGUUGUGAGGAGGCCUUUAAACAGAAAUGGUUUCGAUUCAAAGGCCUGCAGAGCUAGCUAACUGCCCUAGCAAGCCUCUUGUUCCUGCAUGUGCCAUUGCACUGACAUCUGGUCCUCUUGUGCUUCAGGCAUGAGUUUGUAUAAUGGCCCACUGGUGAAUUGUGCAUUUCGGCUACUGCCUCCCUCCCUCCCUAUGUGUCCCAUUUCAGUGGGAAGGGCACUGCCCUGCAUUGCUCCCUGGAGACCAGCCUGUUGCAGUAGCUGGGUGCUUCUUAUUCUGAUUGCUGCCAGCAGAAUGUUUGUUUGUAGCCAGGCAUGGUCCAGACUUCAGGGGUGCAAUGCAUUGUGAAUUAGCAAGCUGCAUACCUGAUGGCUCUGAGAAAUCUACUGUGCUUUGACCUUCCUUGUCUCUAAAGGUGCCAUACAGAACUCUAGCAAGUCACAAUGAUUAAAAUGUGCAGUAAAGCAGCUGUGCUUAUGAGGUGUUUUCAUUUCUAGUCUGAAUAAACCAGUUUUCUUGGUUAGCAGGA